CCGGACCGUGAAGCUAAGCCAAAGUCAUCAAAGGGCGGUGCACGUCACGCAGUUGGUGAUACUAUAGUUUACUGGUACGCUACUGACAACUCCUAGCUAGGUGGCUACCAGAUAGAGUGUUCGAGAAUGAGCCAGGAGCAGCCGAGGAGGCCGUCCGGCCAGCAGGCGGCGGGCGGCGGCGGCGGCGGCGGCGAGCAGGGCGCCGUCCGCUACGGCGACGUCUUUCCGGCGGUGAGCGGCGGCCUCGCGGAGAAGCCCAUCGCGCCGCAGGACGCGGCCACGAUGCAGUCGGCGGAGAACCUCGUGUUCGGGCAGACGCUCAGGGGCAGGCCCGCCGCCGCCAUGCAGUCCGCGGCCACCACCAACGAGCGGAUGGGCGUCGUCGGGCACGACCAGGCCACGGACGCCACCGCCGUGCAGGGCGUCACCGUCUCCGAGACCCGCGUCCCGGGCGGACGCAUCGUCACCGAGUUCGUCGCCGGGCAGGCUGUUGGCCAGUACCUCGCGAGGGACGAUGAUGCCACGGCCGGUGGCGGCGCCGGAGCCGGGGCGGGAGGUGCAGCGCCAGGACGACGCGUCGCCGCCGCUGCUGGCGUGUCGGAUAACAGGAAGGUGACGAUCGGCGAGGCGCUGGAGGCGACGGCGCUCGCCGCGGGCGACGAGCCGGUGGAGCGCAGCGACGCGGCCGCCAUCCAGGCGGCGGAGGCAAGGGCCACUGGGCUGGACGCGAACGUCCCCGGCGGCCUUGCCGCGCAGGCGCAGUCCGCCGCGGCGGCCAACGCGUGGGCGGCGCGCGACGUGGACAAGACCACGCUCGGCGACGUCCUCGCGAACGCGACGGCGCAGCUGGUGGCGGACAAGCCGGUGGAGAUCCCGGACGCGCUGAGGGUGGCCGGCGCGGAGAACCGCAACAAGGGCGACGGGACGGCGAGGCCGGGGGGCGUGGCAGCGUCCAUGGCCGCGGCCGCACGGCUCAACCGUGACGAGGCGGUCUGGGAUCAGUGAAGCGCGCGCAGUCGUCGUGCAGCCCUGAAGACCCAGUGUCCAGGAAGAGCCUCUUUUGUUGCGUGUGGGAGUCGAAUCGAGUCUCUUUUGUUCCCUGCAGCGCGCUCCACGCACCUGAGCAGUUUUUUUUUUUUAAUCUGUCGAAUGUUUGUGUUUCUCUAGAAAGGACUUUGCCUGGACACCAGUCUGAGUCCUGGUGUGUGAUGUAAGAGUAAGACACGUCAAUGCAAGACCAAUGUAACAUACCCAGUGCGUGUUGUUAAGUGGCCAGUGCAAAUAUCCCUUGAUCAAUGUAACCCUGCUGCAUCGAGAAGGGAAUAGUUUGCGCAGACCAUUUCGAUCCA